AUUUAUCAUGCUCGUUUGGAAGCAAUAUCAAGCAAUGUAUACCAUUCUAGAACAGAAAUCCCAGAUAAACCAGCACCAGAUUGGAUACGAUUUGUAUGUGUUAGUGAUACUCAUAAUAUGGUCAACUCUAGGAAUUUUACAGUACCUGAAGGCGAUGUUUUACUUCAUUCAGGUGAUUUGACCAAAGUAGGGACUGUGGAUCAACUAGAACAAGCUGUCAAUUGGUUGAAAGAUCUUCCACAUAGACAUAAAAUUGUCAUUGCUGGUAAUCAUGAUCUAAUAUUGCAUAAGGAAUUUUAUGAAACAAAUUGGUCAGAAUUCCAUACUGUUAAAGAUAAUCACGAUAAAGCAAUUGGCAUAAUAAGCAAAGUAGGUAAUGGAUUUGUUUAUUUACAAGAAAGUUCAUAUGUAAUUCCUGAAAUUGGAUAUAAAGUGUAUGGAAGUCCAUGGACUCCAUGGUUUUAUGAUUGGGGAUUUAAUGGUGAGCGUGGUGAAUUUUUAAAAGAAAUAUGGUCAAGAAUACCAGAAACAACAGAUAUACUUAUGACGCAUGGACCACCAUCCAAUAUACUUGAUCUUGUCGAUGGCACUGAAAAUGUUGGGUGUGAAGAUCUUUAUCAACGAGUUGAAGAAGUAAAACCAUUGGUUCAUCUUUUCGGUCAUAUUCAUGAAUCUUAUGGAGAGAAAAAGCUAUUUGUCAAUAAUAAAUACGCGAAAUAUAACCUUGUUAAUGAUAAUAGUAACAUCAGAGUUGCGCCUACUAGAUCUAAUACAUUUCCACCACCACCCUCUACCACCGACCCAUCCUCUUCAUCAUUAGCUAACAACAACAACAAUCCAUAUCUUAAUAGAUCUUCAAGAAGUAAUACAGUGUCAUCUUUUACUUCAACAGCAGCUUCUGCUAGUAAUGAUGAUUAUUGGUGUAGUAGUGUAGUUCAAACUGACCAAAAUAAAAACGAUAAUGAUGAUUAUUGGAAUGUUAAGACUGAAGCUACUGCUACUAACCAGAAUAAUGAUAGUUGGGACAUGAAGAAUAAUGAAGAGAACAACGGAGUCUGGAAUGUAAAUAAUAUUGAGGAGGAUAUUAGGAAUGAAGAUUGGUUGAGUGAAAAUAUUAAUAGGAAAAAGAACGAAUGUUGGAAUAGCAUUGUUGAAAACCCUAAUCAGAGUAACAAUCAAAAGGAUGUAGAAGAUUAUAAUAAUAUCGUUGAAACUGCUAAUAAUAAUGAUUAUUGGGGAAGUGAAUUACAAGAUAAUCAAAAUAAUAACGAUUAUCAAGAUAAUGUUGAUUACUGGAAUAGUACAAGUGAAAACAAGAUUAGUAAAGAAAAUGAUAACGACAACUUGAAUGAAGAAGAUACGGUUUCAAUUCCUACACCAAUUACUACCAUUUCAGCUGUAACUCCACCAAAAGAAGAAAAUCCUAAUAUUAGUAAUGAUAAUGAUUUCAAUCAAUCACUAAUCAAAAAAUUAAAUACUUUAUCAACCAUUGAUCAACAACAUCAUGAUGAAAAAAAAUACAAUAGUCAUAAUUAUAAUCCAAGAAUUAUUAUCGAUAUUAAUAAUGUUAUUUCCAAUAAUACAAUUGAUACUACUGGUAAUACAAAUGGUAAAAAAAUUCAAACUUUUGUUUUGAUUGAACAAAAAUUACUUGAUUUUAGUGACGAUGAAGACAAAUCACCAGCUGUAAAUAAUAAUAGUGAGAAGGAAACAACUACUAACACAGCUACUGCAAAAAAAAAGAGAUCAGCGGAUUUUAAGAUAAUUGAUAUGGAAGGUUUCUUAAGGAAAGACCUAGAAGAAGGAUUAAAAAAAAUGGUGAAUGGAGUAAUGAAUAAAAAUCUCACCUCUUCUAUUACUAUACUUGCCAGCAGCACUGGUAAACAAAAGAUGAAAUUCCUUGAUAUUGCUUCACUUGAACCAAUAAAUGCUGCCUUGGUAUUUGAAAACCCGGAAUGUAGAGUUGUUGGUAGGAUAGAAACUUAUUCAUGCAAAUUGGCUGGAGUUGAUAAAAAACUUUACAAGAAUCUUGAAAGUCAAUGGAACAAUAAUUUAUCACAACAAAAUGCUCAAAGUGUUUCACCCGAUGCUCAUUCUUUCGAUACAAUAAUAUCACCUUUUGGUUCAAUGGAUCAACCUUCUUCACGAAGAACUUUGUUUAAUCUUAUUGCAACUUUGAAUGCUUCUUAUCCUGAUUACGAUUUCUCUGACGUUAAACCCGAUCAAUUUACCAAACAACCGUCGGUUCCAAUGGUGUGCAAUUAUAUCAAUAACACUCUAUUUAAUCUAGGACGUGCUCACAUUAUCAAUGAUCUUAUGCUAUGGCAAACUGUUGAUGAUAUUAUUUUUUUGGACGAGUGUAACAUCUAUUCUUUCAAUCCUGACUCUGAUGCUGAUCCAAAUAGUGACGAUGGUGUUAUUACUACUGCACCAUUACAAGAAGAUGAACCUUUAGAUGAUACAAUUUCUGAAACAGAAGAAAGUGAUAUAAAUGCCAUGUCUUACGAGGAAUAUGUCAUGGGUGAUAUUGAGAUGUAA